UUAUUUUUGCAAUGUUCACUUACAUAUUAUUUCAUAAACUAAAUUAACACUUCAUUGUUUCGUAGUACGUGACUCAAUUACCUACAGCAUUUUUGCACAGGAAAAAGUUUAUGAACUUUUAUUUAAUUUUAGAUAUAUGCAACUUUGAGUCUCAACAUGUUAGAUGUUGAAUGAUCUUUUCACUUAUAAUUAUUUUAAUUUAAAUAGCAGGCAUAGGUACGUGCAGCCUAUACCUGAAAUAAUGAUCCGUCAAGGGAGCAUUGACGAUAUAAAUUCGCAACAGUUUCUAAAAAUAUCUAAUUAUGAAGAUACAGUCCGUCAACUGGAUAUAUAUUAUGCUAUAGUGAAAAGACAGUUAUUAAGAUUCCAAAGUCCAAUUACUGGACUUUUUCCAGUUUUAUCGUCAGAUCUUCACAUAGGCAGUGUGAGAGAUAGUAUUUACUGUGCAUCAGCUGUAUGGGGAUUAUAUCAAGCAUACAGGCGCAUUGAUGAUGACAGAGGCAAAUCUCAUGAGCUGGGUCAGAGCACAGUGAAAUGUAUGCGUGGCAUAUUAGAGUGCUGGGUGAAGCAGUCUGCAAGGGUUGAGGCUUUCAAGACACGCCAGAGUGCUGCUCACGCCCUACAUGUCAAGUUCCAUCUCACUACUGGGGAACCAGUUCUCUCUGAUGAACAAUAUCAUCAUCUGCAAAUAGAUGUUGUGUCCCUGUACUUGUUGUUCCUUGUGCAAAUGAUCACAUCUGGACUACAGAUCAUUUAUACCCAGGAUGAAGUGGCAUUUGUUCAAAAUUUAGUAUAUUAUGUGGAGCGUGCAUACAGAACCCCUGAUUAUGGUAUGUGGGAAAGAGGAUCUAAAUAUAAUGAUGGAAAGCCUGAAAUCCAUGCAUCUUCAAUUGGCAUGGCAAAGGCUGCUCUCGAAGCUAUCAAUGGUUGCAACCUAUUUGGUGACAAAGGAGCGUCAUGGAGUGUAGUUUACGUGGAUAUUGAUGCUCACAAUCGCAACAGAAGUAUUUUUGAAACUAUGCUGCCGCGCGAAUCCAGUUCUAAGGGUGUUGACGCUGCGUUAUUACCCACAGUAUCAUUCCCGGCAUUCGCUACCCACGAGGAGCAUCUAGUUCAGUUAACAAAAAAUAAUAUUUUAAGACGUUUGCAAGGCAAAUGCGGAUUCAAAAGAUUUAGUAGGGAUGGGUACAAAUGCGUGCUUGAAGAUCCUAAUAGAAGGUUUUACCAUGAAGGAGAAUUAAAGGAGUUUGAUGGCAUCGAGUCUGAGUGGCCAUUGUUCUAUGUAAUGAUGAUAAUUGAUGGCGUGUUCCGCACACUACCCGACCAAGUAGAAGAGUAUCAGAAGCUACUAAAAGCUAGAAUUUAUAUGGACGAAUAUGGAGAUCCAGUAAUUCCUUGGUAUUACUACGUUCCACGUGAAGGUAUUGAAAAUGAGCGGAGUGAACCAAAUUCAGUGCGACGAUUGCCUGCAAAUCACCCCAGUGACGGUAUCGAAAAAGACACAGGAGGUCUAUUCCUGUGGGCGCAGUCCCUGUUCGUGCUGGCUCAGCUACUGACGGGCGGCUUGCUUCACGUUAACGAGCUGGACCCCAUCAGGAGGUACCUGCCUUCCUACAAUAGACCGAGACGCGCCGGACGAUAUUCCGCAUUUCAGGGAAUAGCUACAGACCUGGUUGUGCAAGUAGUAUUAAUAGCAGAGUCGAUGCGACUCCAAGCGAUGAUGGGCACUUAUGGCAUACAAACGCAGACGCCGCAUGAAGUUGAACCCGUUCAGGUGUGCAGUUCCACGCAAUUAGUUCAUGUCUACAGAGAAUUAGGGGUCUGCCCUAAACUGAAGCUCACUGGACGACCAAUAAGGCCGGUCGGAUCACUCGGCACUAGUAAGAUAUACCGAGUAUGCGGCAUGACGGUGUUGUGUUACCCGCUGAUAUUCGAAGUGUCGGAGUUCUACUUGUACAGAGACAUGGCAUUACUCAUCGACGACAUUAAGACUGAACUGCAGUUUGUUGGCAAAUACUGGCGUCUGUCUGGCCGUCCGACAGUGUGCCUGCUAGUGCGCGAGGAACACAUGCGCGACCCGCACUUCAAGCACAUGCUGGAUCUGUUCGCGAUGCUCAAGAAGGGACACUGCGACGGCGUCAAGGUCCGCCUUGGCAGGCUUCAGAACCUCAUCUCUAGUUCUUGUAUGGAGCAUCUCGACUUCAUGAGCCAAGGCGAGUUUCCUUCGGAAAUGUUCACGCAGUUCCGACAACUAGAGCACGAGUACAUCGGCUAUCAGUCCUUGACGGAUGUUCCUCGUACUCUUACGUACCGUGAGGAGAAUCUUUCGUAUGACGCGUUUAAGCACCGCUCGACGCCAGACAUCGUGGCGGCGCUGAGGUCUCUUGAGAACAUCUUCGCUCAGUGCCAACUGUGGGGGAUUCUGUUAGAGAGAGAAGGACCCCUGUUUGAGGUGAACGGCACGAACGCCCUGGAAUCUCUGAAGAGCCUGUACCACAGUGCCGGCGUACUGCGGCACUGGCGCGCCGUGCGCUACUGCUCGUCGCUGCUCAACCACACCGUCGACUCCAUCAGCCCCUUCAUCACCACCGUGCUCGUUAAUGGCAAACAGCUGACAGUGGGCGUGAUUGGUCAGAAGGAGACUGUGUUUGACAAGCCAAUGACGCCCGGCGAGAUACAGUCGGUCAUGUACUCCACGAUACAACCGUAUGAUGUCAUUGGCGCAGUAUUACAACAGGAGAUCGUGCUGUACUGUGGGCGGUUGAUCGGCACAAACCCGGACAUGUUCCGCGGUAUACUAAAGAUCCGCGUGGGCUGGGUGCUGGAAGCUAUUCGCAUCUAUCUGGAGCUGUUUCCGGCGGAGAAGCGCGCGGACGGCACACUUGAGAGCCUGUCGCCGUACAAGCUGAGGACUCUGUUGCAACGAGUACUCACUGUGUCGGACUGGGCUGAGGAGAGAGGGUUAACGCCGCUACAAAGGCGACAGUUAGAAGGCUGCCUGUGCCGCGUGCCCAAACACUUCUACAUUCAGGUCUGGGAUAUAUUGCUGCGGACACCGAAAGGAAUUAUAAUUCACGGUCAAUCAAUCCCAGCGGAGCCGACGCUAGUGAACAUGUCCCGCUCGGAGCUGUCGUUCGCGCUGCUGGUGGAGGAGGCGCUGGUACGCGUGGCGUCGCCGGCGCGGCGCCAGCUGUGCGUGGAGCUGCUGUGCGUGCUCGCCACCAUCCUGCGCCGCAACCCCGAGCUCUAUCUGCAGCAGCCGCUCUAUAUCGACCGACUGGUGGACGAUGCUGAGAUCACUUUCGCGAAGGAUAGCGGUGUAGCGGACAGCGCGGCGCUGAGCUCGGCGGCGCCGGGCGUGUCGGUGGGCUACCUGGCGCGAGCCGUCGUCAACAGCGUGCUGCAGGGCGCCGCCGCCGCGCACCUCGAGCCCGCCGCGCAGCCCGACUGCCUCGUCUCCUGACUGCCCCGACAUACGCCACUACUCUUACUUUUUCCCACUCGCACUGUAUGACUCAAAUACUAUGGCGCAUGCCCAUCAAAUGACUUCAUACCCACAAAAUUAUUCGACGAUAGCUGUAGUGUUUUGUUCGUACAUUUCGAAUGUCGGGAAGUCACUCGAAACCAUUUUCGGAGCGGCAGUUAUUUGACAAUGUUUCAUCGCAACUCAGGUUCGCUCCAGUUCUGUGGACAGGUUGAGAGUUAAAACGCCAAAAGGCGAUAGAAGACAAUGUCGAUCUAAUCUUUUGAAGGCUAGGACGUUAAUAGUGGAUCCGCAUCGUCAUUCAUACAAAGUAAACGCUCCCGACUGCCACCGUGUUUGUCAAGUUAUUCUCAAUAUUGUAUUAAAAUUGUCUUGGUGAAUGGUGACAAUAUUACAGCCAUGUUGUUAGAUUUAAGCUUUAAUAUGUUUAGUGAUAUUUAGCUUAAGAUUGUUAAAAGAUGAAAAUCGCGCAUCAAUGUUAAAAAGUUUUGUUACAGAAUUGUACAGGGUCUUGUUUGAUAAGAUAAAAAACUUCCUUUUUGUUGACUGUACAUUCUCAAGAAGAAAAAGAGUUCAUUAUUUUUAUAUUCACUUUUUUUAUUGACUAUUAAAAUACAUAUCUUCAAAAGACAUUGCAAUGCAUUCCUUGGUAACGUGUUCGGUCACGGUAAAAUUGUUACUUUUGCGGUGAUUCGCCGCUGUUUAUUUAACACAAAAUAAUGAUUGUUAAAACGAAUGCAACCUUUUUACAAAGCAAUUUAGAUUUAACACUCAUGUUAUGCCAUGUUCGAUUUGUUUAUGUAUUAGGAUGCGCCACAUAACAUUGGAUACGGAUAAUGAGUCGAAUGUACUUACAUAGCCAGCGUUGUCGUACAUGGAUGCUCAUUUAUAAAAAUAGAAAUAUAACGCAAUAUAAAUUUAAUCUUGUAUCCAAUGUAUUCGUUUAGAUACAGCAUGUUUUAUUUAUUUACAUAUUAAAUAAUUAUUUACCAAAAAGCAAGCAAUCAUGAUCUUGACAACCUAUAAAAAUAAACUAUUUUAUGAGAUAAA